CAGUCCCUUCCCACGACACGUGUGAGCGUUGUUCCUGCGCAGAUGCAGACAGGCAGAGUGGGGAUAUCGAGCGGGUGACCGGCGCCCCCUUCAGCGGGCCUGUGAGCGGCAGCGCAGCCCUGUUGCCGCGCUUUGGCUGGCGCUAGUUCGCCGCGAACUUCAACUUUCGAAGCUUCAACACCAACGCCAACCACAGGCGCCGACUGUUCACCCACCUCCACCGCCAAGCCUAUCGCCUUCAGUUGCACGCAUUCAAAUCUGUCACCCUGGUCUCCUUAACUGCUGUGCACCAAGGCAAGCCCCACAACAGCCAUCAUGGCGACAGUCCCGGUCAGCGAGGUCAAGAGCAACGCGCGCGAGAGCAGAACAGCUGCGCAUUCACACAUCAAGGGCCUCGGCCUGUCCAGCGAUGGUCGCGCAACACCUUCAGCUGGCGGCUUCAUUGGCCAAGCUGCAGCGCGAGAGGCUUGCGGUCUCGUCGUCGACCUCGUCAAAGCAAAGAAGAUGUCCGGCCGCGCAGUCCUUCUCGCCGGCGGGCCAGGCACAGGAAAGACCGCCCUCGCCCUCGCCGUCUCGCAAGAACUCGGGACCAAAGUGCCCUUCUGCCCCAUCGUUGGCAGCGAAAUCUACUCGGCCGAAGUCAAGAAGACCGAGGCGCUGAUGGAGAACUUCCGCCGCGCAAUCGGCCUGCGCGUCAAGGAGACAAAAGAAGUCUACGAGGGCGAGGUCACAGAACUCACACCUGAAGAAGCAGAGAACCCUCUGGGUGGUUAUGGGCGUACAAUCUCCCACCUCCUCAUCACCCUCAAGAGCGCAAAGGGCACCAAGAAACUGCGCCUCGACCCCAGCAUAUACGAAGCCAUCCAGAAAGAGCGCGUCCGCCUUGGCGACGUCAUCUACAUCGAAGCCAACACGGGCGCCGUCAAGCGCGUGGGCCGCUCCGACGCGUACGCGACCGAGUUCGACCUCGAGGCCGAGGAGUACGUGCCGAUUCCCAAGGGCGACGUGCACAAGAAGAAGGAGAUUGUGCAGGAUGUCACGCUGCAUGAUCUGGAUGUUGCGAACGCGAGACCGCAGGGUGGACAGGAUAUUAUGAGUAUGAUGGGCCAGCUGAUGAAGCCGAAAAAGACGGAGAUUACGGAGAAGUUGAGGCUGGAGAUUAAUAAGGUUGUGAAUCGGUAUAUUGAUCAGGGUGUUGCGGAUCUGGUGCCGGGUGUGCUCUUCAUCGACGAGGUCCACAUGCUCGACCUCGAAUCCUUCACCUUCCUCAACCGCGCCCUCGAGUCCCCCCUCUCCCCCCUCGUAAUCCUCGCCUCCAACCGCGGUCUGACCCACAUCCGCGGCGGCACCAACCUUCCCCCAUCCGCGCACGGCAUCCCGCCCGAUCUGCUCGCCCGCCUGCUCAUCGUGCCCACGCACCCCUACAACGCCGCCGAGAUCAAGCAGAUCAUCAGCCUAAGGGUCGGUACGGAGAAACUGGUCAUUGCGGAUGCGGCGAAGGAUAAGGUGACGGAGUUGGGUGUGAGGGUGAGUUUGAGGUAUGCGUUGCAGAUUCUGGCGCCGGCGAGUGUGCUUGCAAAAGUUGGUGGACGGCAGAACGGGGAGAUUGGGUUGCAGGAUGUCGAAGAGUGCGAGGGCUUAUUCUUGGACGCAGGGAGAAGCGCCAAGGGCUUGGGUGAGGCCGACGGCUACAUUGCAUGAAAGUCGUAAGGGGUACCCAAUGGACAAGUGCGAUUUGGCGUUCAAGAGGGUCAUGUCAUGAGACACAAGAAGAAUAUGUAUAGUACGUAGUAGGAGAGCGGUGCCUGAAUAAUCACAGAAGCAAGUUCA